GGUCAAUACAAAUAGAAAUAGAAUUUCAAAAUAUUUAUAAAAGUGAACUCUUCACUCACACAAAAGAUCGCAACUUGUUUGCAAAAUGCAAUCAACAAACCUGUCUAAAGCCAUAAGGCGAUUCUCUAUAUCGGCAACGAAGUGUAACACAUUUGCGGAGGAACUUCACAAAAAUUUCAUACCUACGAACCAAUUCCAAAGAACGCUUCUUUCCGCAGGAUCUGCUGCGAUUUCCCUCUUCAAUCCAUGGCGGGGAGACAUGAUCGCGUGUCUUGGUGAAGUAACGGGAGGCAAUGCUAUAAAAUACAUGAAAGAAAAGAUGCUUGAGACCACAGAAGGCAAAGAAAUAUUGAGUGAGAUGCCUCGCAUAAAUUCUCAGACGGUUUCUUUCGAGCAGCUCGCGAAUAUGCCUGAGAAUACUUUAGGAAGGGUAUACGCGGACUUCAUGAAGGAGAACAACAUCACUGCAGACUCGAGGAUGCCUGUACAGUUCAUUGAGGAUCCAGAAAUGGCGUAUGUGAUGCAGAGGUAUAGAGAAGUGCAUGAUUUAGUACAUGCCUCCUUGUUUAUGAAGACUAAUAUGCUUGGAGAGGUAGCUGUAAAAUGGGUGGAAGGUAUCCAGACGAAACUGCCCAUGUGCAUCAGCGGAGGCAUUUGGGGUGCGGCACGGCUUAAGCCAAAACAUCGCCAGCUAUAUCUUAAAUGCUACCUGCCCUGGGCUGUGAGGACUGGACAUAAUGCUAGGUUUUUGCAAGGUAUAUACUUCGAAAAGAGAUGGGACCAGGAUAUUGACGAAUUCCACAAAGAAAUGAACAUAGUGCCAUUGCUCAAGAAGUCGUAAAUAUUGCUGGAGGUAUCAUAUUGUUAAUCAGUGAAGGUAUUAUUGUAAAUAUUAAGUUGUUAUUUUGUUUUGUUUGGUAGAUUAGGAAAUGUUUAAAGGCCGUAAUAAAAUAAAGUGUUAUUUUGUA